AUGGGGUCGCGCGGCGGAGGCACGGGGCGCUCGCGCGGGGACACGCAGCGCGCGCUCGACGAGUUCGACGAGCUGGCGGGGCUCCGCGGCGCGGGCGCCGGCGCCGACAGCGCCAGCCAGGCCGAGCGCAGCGUGUACGUGCUCGAGCACCUGGCCACCUUCACCGUCACCCGGGAGACCGGCAUCGUGUAUCCCGCCGAUGGCAUGCGGAGACUGCUACAGCUAGAGAAAACCAACGGAAUAUGGAGCCAAAAAAUGCAAUUAUGUCUGGAGGGUUCGUGGGUACUGGUCAUGGACUACGAAACAGGAUCGAUAAUGGAACGCUUCCCCGCGUCUUGGGUGCACACCCCAACUGCAUUCACAUCGCCGGAGCCCGCCGAGCUGUACAACAACGUGCUGGCGUUCGUGGUGGGCGCGGCAGAGGGCGCGGGCGGGCCAGGGACGCCCGGCGGGGCGGGGGGCGCACCGCGCCGCGAGCUCCACAUCUUCCAGUGCCACGACGUGAGCGCGCAGGUGCUCGUGGAGGAGCUCAAUGCGCUCAAGGGUGUGACGGGAGGUGGCCCCGGCGACGGCGGACGAGACUUCAUCAUCGAGAGAGAGCGCGAGCGGGAGCGGGAGAAUGAUGGCGAGCGCCCGCGGAGACAGCAAAUGUCGGCGCAGCUCGGGCGCGGCGAGCGCGGCGGCAGCGGCGGCGAGCGGGACGACGCGUCGUCCACGGGCUCGGAGCGGCUGUACGAGCAGGACAUCGCCAUCCUCAACCGCUGCUUCGACGACAUCGAGAAGUUCAUCGCGCGGCUGCAGCACGCGGCGGCGGCGCAGCGCGAGCUCGAGAGGCGACGGCGCUCCCGCGGCGGCCGGCGGGGGACAGGCAGCGGCGGUGCCAACGCGGGCGAGGGCAUGCUGGCGCUGCGCACGCGGCCGCCGCCGGAGCGGGACUUCGUGGACGUGCUGCAGAAGUUCAAGCUGUCGUUCAACUUGCUGGCCCGCCUGCGCGCGCACAUCCACGACCCCAACGCGCCGGAGCUGGUGCACUUCCUGUUCACUCCGCUGGCGCUGAUCGUGGACGCGGCGCAGGACACGGCGGACGGCCGCCUGCCGUCGCGCGUCGUGCAGCCGCUGCUGACGCGGGACGCGCUCAACCUGCUCGCCAACUGCGUCACCAGCAAGGAGACCGAGCUGUGGCACUCGCUGGGCGACGCCUGGCUCAUACCCAGGGAACAAUGGAAGACAACCAUCCCGCCGUACCAGCCAGUGUUCAUGGACGGCUGGAGCCCCGACUACCAGGUGGACGACCAGCCGCUGCGGAGGAACAUGCGCGGUAUGGGGCGCGACGACUCGGGCAGCGCGGCCUCCUCGCCCGACAGGGAGCCCUACCGGGGCGACCGGGACGACGAUGACCUGGGCGAGGCGUGGGCGCGCGGCGUGAUGGCGCGCGGCGGCCGCGUCGUGCGCGUCACGUACCCGCGCACCGCCAACAACGACAAGGAGCUCACCGUCGUGCGCGGCGAGUACCUCGAGGUGCUGGACGACUCCCGCAAGUGGUGGAAGGCGCGCAACCGGCGCGGCGUGACGGCGCACGUGCCGCACACUAUCGUGGCGCCGGCGAGCUCGCCGCCCGCCUCGCCGCACCUCUACCCCAACCCCAUCUACACACACUACCAGGAGAACGCAGGCGGGCGCGGCCCCGCCGCCCCCGCGCCGGUGUUCGCCGCUCCACCACCCCCCCGCACCACCUCUGACACCGUCAAAUCGACCAAGUCAAUGAUGGGCCAAAACGACGGGCUGCAGGAGGAACUGAAGCUGGUGCUGCCGGCCAUCCAGCAGCGAAAGAAUAAACUCGACAUCAAGAAGACACCAGACAUCUUCAUCGACCAGAAAUCAAACCCCGACGAGGUAGCAGAAUGGUUGGAAGCGAAAGGUUUCAACGCGGCCACACAGCGCGCACUGCGCAUGCCCGGACACCAACUGUUCGCCCUGACGCGCGCGCAGCUGGAGAAGGCGCUGGGCGCGGACGAGGGCAAGCGUCUCUACAGCCAGAUCCUCGUGCAACGCAACAUCUCGGGGUACAAGACGACCUCCGCGUCGGAGCUGCAGAGCAUCCUACGCAAGGUGCGCGAGAAGGUGGAGGUCUCGUGA